AUGCGCUUGGCUUUUGGAUUGAACUCAUUUGCAUUUCCCACUGGUUUCUGGUUUGCUGUCGAAACUUCUUCUAAUCCGUAUGGUCCAUAUGCUCCAGAGGAGCUCGAAGUGAGCGAGGCAUGUGUGGGGGAUGCCCAUGAAGUUGACGAAAGCAAGACGAUCCACCAAAAUCUUCAAGCGAAAACCGGAGACGAAGAUGGAGAUGGAGCAUCAUCGGCCAUCGACUGCUGGGAGUUGGUUAUCAGUUUACUCAACGCUUUCGUCGGCUUUGUGAAGUUCCAGAGUUUUCGUCCCUCAAGUAAGAAACUUCCAGCAAUGAAGAUAUUCGUGUGUCUCUUGGCUGCUUUGGUCGCCACCAGUUCGGCUGGCAUCAUCGGAGGCGGCGGUGGAGGCUACAGUUAUGGCGUUGGCGGAGGUGGUGGCCAUCAGGAGGUGAAGACCAUCAAGGUCAUUCACCAGGAGGGCGGUGGCUACUCAGGCGGCGGACUUGGUGGCGGCUACUCCGGUAGUCAUCAGGAGGUGAAGACCAUCAAGGUUAUCCACCAGGACAGCAGCGGACAUGGCGGCGGUUACUCCGGCGGACAUGGCGGUGGCUAUUCCGGCGGACACGGUGGCGGCUACUCAGGCGGACACCAGGAGAUCAAGACUGUAAAGGUCAUCCAUGAAGAGGGUCAUGCUCUGGGCGGCGGUGGUGGCUAUUCCGGCGGACACGACCACGGAUAUGGCGCACAAGGACACGGACACGAGGAGGUGAAGACCAUCAAGGUUAUCCACCAGGAGGGUGGUGCACAGGGACACGGCGGUGGGUACUACGGCGGACACCAGGAGGUGAAGACUGUUAAGGUCAUCCACCAGGAGGCUGGUGGUCACGGCGGCUUCUCCGGCGGACAUGGCGGUGGCUUCUCCGGCGGACAUGGCGGUGGCUUCUCUGGCGGACACCAGGAGAUCAAGACUGUAAAGGUUAUCCAUGAAGAGGGUCAUGCUCUGGGCGGCGGCGGUGGCUAUUCUGGCGGACACGACCACGGAUAUGGCGCACAUGGACACGGAAACGAGGAGGUGAAGACCAUUAAGGUUAUCCACGAAGAGGGCGGUCAUAGCCACGACCACGGCCACUCCCACGGAGGUUUCGCUGGCGGUCACGAGGAGAUCAAGACCAUCCAGGUGAUCCACGAAGAGGGACACUCGCACGGACACGGUGUGGCUUCUGUGAGCAACGAGUAUCUGCCACCUGUGGUGUCGGCUUCCCAACCCGGCUACCUGCCCCCAUCCGGUGGCUGGAAGUAAAUCUCUCCUACCGGCCACCCGUUCUGUGUUUCGGUCCGUGUCAUAGUUCCCGAAAUGAUUCCGAACUAAUCCCGAAAUCCCCCAUCCGC